AUGGUGGAUAAUCCAACUUCCAAGUCUGUUAUCAGCAGCAGUGAAGUUGCUUUUCCUAGAGGUGGGGCCCAAGUGUUAACCCCUCUAGAAGUUAAAGAAAUAUCUAAUGAAGCUACAAGAGAUGUUCUUUUUGAAGCUUCUGGUUCUUCAAAAAGACCAAGUAGUUCCAAACCAGAACAAGCUUCUAAGAAGGCUAAGAGAUCCAAAAAGGCAGCCAAGCCAGAAGUCGACCCAGAAGCAGAAAACAAGGUAAGCAUCGAAAGACUUAGUUUCAAGAAUUUAAUACCCGGUACCUUAGUAUUGGGUCAAAUUACUCAAAUCAAUAAACUUGAUUUGACUGUUGCACUUUCUGAGAACUUAGUUGGGUAUGUUCCAAUAACUUCUGUCAGUGAAGAGUUCACCAGUGCUAUUGAAGAAUACGAAAAAAGUCAAGCAGCUGAUUCUAGCGAUGAUGAAGACGAUUCGAAUUCUCAGUCAGAGAGUAAGGAGCUCCCUAAGUUAUCAGAAGCAUUCAAGGUCGGUCAAUGGGUGAAGGCAAAGGUAACUCCAUCUGAAUCGGAAAAGAAAAGAAUUCAAUUAUCAAUAGAACCACACUCUGUAAAUGAAUCAUUAGAAUCUGAAGAUUUUGUUACCAGUAACAUUUUACAAGUUUCUGUUAAGUCUGUGGAAGAUCACGGCUUGAUUUUGAAUAUCGGAAGAGAAGAAAUGUCUGGGUUCAUUUCUAAUAAAGAAUUAAAAGCUUCUAAAGAUAUCAUUAUUGAAGAUAUAAUCCCAGGUUCCGUCUUAUUAACUUCGAUUAUAUCUGCACCAUCUUCGAGAACAGUUACUUUGAGACCUGCCCAAGCAAUUCAAAAUAUUAAGAAAUCGGUUGUGUCUACUAUCAGCUCUAUAGAUGCCAUCCAACCCGGUACUAUUGUUGAUGCGCUCGUUUCCGAUAUUUCCAAAGAUGGUAUCGCUACUAGAGUCUUUGGUAUGAUUGAUGGUACAAUCACUUUACCUCAAUUAGGAGAAUAUGAUUUGAAGAAAUUGAACCAUAAAUACUCAAUUGGUAAUCCAAUAAAGACUAGAGUCAUUGCUAUUCUUUCCAAAGAAGGCGCAAAGAAACUUGUUUUAUCCCAUUUGCCUAAUAUCCUCAAUUUAUCUGUAACUCCAAAUGAAGAAGGCUCAAGUCCUUUAGAAGCAUUCCCGGUUGGCCAUUUAUUCGAAAGUGCCACCAUUUCUGCCGCCGACUCUAAUUACCUUUAUGUGACUUUUGGUGCUGCUGAUUUGAAUGGUCAAAUUCACAAUUCUAAGAUCGACCCUGCAUUGGAUUUAGGUAUUAAUUAUACUAUCGGAUCUCAUCAUAAAGCUAGAGUUACUGGAUAUAAUGAAAUCGAUAAUUUACUUGUAUUGACCGCAGAACCAAAAUUGAUCAAUGCAAAAUUCUUGAAUGUUGAAGCUGUACCAAUUGGAUCCUUAGUCACUGGUGAAGUUGCCAAAAUUUUACCAGAUGGUAAAGGUUUAAUCGUCAAUGUUGAUGGUUUUGAAGCCCUUGUUCCAUCAAACCACUUAUCUGAUAUUAAACUCGUUUAUCCCGAGAGAAAAUUCAGAGUUGGUGGUAAAAUAAAAGGUAGAGUUUUAAGCAAACACGGUAAGAAAUUGUUGGUUACCGUUAGAAAGUCCUUAGUCAACAUUGACGAUGAAAAAGUUUUAUCUUCUUUCGAUCAAGCUCACGUUGGCUUAAAAACUGCUGCUACCGUCGACAGAUAUGUUCACAAUGGUGCCAUCGUUGCAUUCUUUGGUUCCAUCAGAGCUUUCUUACCAAAAAGUGAAAUCUCAGAAACCUUUGUCGAAAAAGUAAGUGAUUAUUUGAAGAUUGGACAAACCGUAACAGCCACAAUCACUCAAGUCAAUAACCUAAGCAAUAGAUUGAUGGUAACUUUGAGACAGUCUUCUCAGUUAAGUUCAGAACAAGCCGAAGAAAUUCAUAAUUUGGAAGCUGGCAGAUCGAUUGUAAAAGCAAUUGUUGUUGAGAAAACUAAAGAUUCUGUAAUUGUUGAGUUAGAAGGAUCCAAUUUACGUGGUAUAAUUGAAGACGGCCAUUUAUCUGAUGGUGACUAUGAAAGCAAUAGACAAAUUUUCAAAAAACUCACUAUUGGUGAAACCAUUGAAACUGUUGUUUUAGAGAAAGACAAUAAAUCCAGAUCCAUUGCUGUUUCUGCUAAAAAAUCUUUGAUUGAUUCUGCCAAAUUCAACGAGUUACCUGUUAGCUUUGAUGAUAUCCACGUCAGCGACAAAAUCAUUCAUGGUUACAUCAGAUCCUUGACAAACUUAGGUCUUUUUGUCACAUUUUCUGGCCGCUUGACUGGUUUGAUUUUAGCUAAGAACGCAUUGGAUAAUCCAAAAGAAGACUUGUUCAAAAAAUUUCACAAGAAUCAAUCUAUCGCUUGUAAUGUUAUCAAAGUUGACGAUGAUAACAAAAGAUUCUUAUUGGCUCUCUCUGAAAGUAGUGAUAAAUCUAUCAGUGUUAAUCUUGUUAAUCCUGUGGACAAAUCAAAGAAAAACACUGAUAAUUUUGCUCCUGGUGUCAUAACUAAAGGUAAAAUCAGAUCAAUUAAACCAACUCACUUAAAUAUUCAACUUGCUGAUAAUUUACUUGCUAGAGUUGAUGCUUCUCAAUGUUUCAAUUCCUGGAAUGAAAUUAAAGAUACAAAUAAUCCUUUAUCACAAUUUAAAGUUGACAAAGUGGUUGAUGUUAAAGUUAUUGGUUAUCGUGAUAAUAAGAAAGGCCGUUUUUCACCAAUUGGUCAUGGUGUAACUAAAAAUACGACUUUAGAAUUAUCCCUUCUCAAAGGCGAAAUCAAGGCUAAGAACCAACCAUACAAACCUAUCACAUUAGAGGAAACCACCCCAGGUUCCGAAUGGGUAGUUUUUGUUGAAGAAAUUGCUAGAGGUUUUGUUUGGGUGUCUAUUUCCCACAAUUUUAAAGCUAGAAUUUCAUUAAUGGACAUUUCUGAUGAUGCUACCCUCUUAACUGACAUAUCUAACAAACUUCCUGAAGGUGCAGCUAUAAAGGCUGUUGUCAAGGGUUAUGACACUGAGCAUCAUAUUUUGGCCUUAACAAACAGAUCCAAAACUGUACAUAGCAUUAAUGACAUUAACGUUGGUGAUAAACUUCCCGCUAGAGUUUUGAAGAUCGCCGAUGCUUACAUCUUGGUUGGUUUAGGUGAAAAUAUUAUCGCAAGUGCUUUUAUUACUGAUGCAUUAAACGAUUAUGAUGAAAAAAUGAAUGAAGUCCAUAAUAUUGGUGAUUUCUUACCUGCUACAGUAGUGAAUGUUGACAAGGAUAACCAAAAAAUUGCCGUUUCUUUAAGAGAUGAAAGAGCAAAGAAUAAGACCAUCGAGUCUAUUGAAGAUUUGAAACGUGGUGAUAUUGUUAAAGGUUUUGUCAAAAGUAUUGGUAAUAAUGGUGUUUUCGUGAGUAUAGGAAGAUCUGUAUUUGCUUUAGUUAGGGUACCUGAUAUCUCCGACUCAUUUAUAGAAGACUGGAAGAAGAACUUCAAGCUUUUCCAACCAGUAGUUGGUAGAAUUAUUGCUUGCGAAGCCGAAGGCCGUGUGUUGAUGUCUAUGAAAGAAAGCGAUAUUCAUAGUGAUUUCGCAAUUUCUAAAUCCUUCAGUGAUUUGAAAAUUGGGGAGAUUUAUGAAGGUUCUGUGAAAAGAGUUGUCGAUUUUGGUGUUUUCGUAAAAUUGGAUGGUACCUUUAAUGUUAGUGGUUUAUGUCACCAUUCUGAAAUUUCUGAUAAUAAAGUUGAAAACGUAACCUCAUUAUUUGCUGAAGGGGACCGCGUUAAAGUUAAAAUUUUGAAUAUCAAUAGUCAAAAGAACCAAUUGUCUUUAGGAAUGAAAGCAUCUUACUUCACCGAAGGUGGUGAUGACGAUGACAUGGAGGUUUCAGAUGAAGAACAGGUUGACGCUGACUCAGAAUCCGAAGAUGACGAAAAUGAUGAAGAAAAUGAAGUCAUGGACGUUGACUCAGAUGAUGAUGAAAGUUCCUCUGAUAAUGAAGAUGAAGUUGAUGAAAAAGCGACCAAUACAAUUGGUUUAGACACCAAUGGGUUCGACUGGACUGCAUCCAUCUUGGAUCAGGCUGAAGAUGGUGAUUCAUCUUCUGAUGAAGAAGACUUCACUACCCAGAAAAAGAAAAAGAGCAAAACUUCCAAGCAUAUUGACGACAAGACUGGUGAUUUAAAUACCAGAGCACCUGAGUCUGUUGCUGAUUUUGAACGUCUUUUGAUUGGUAACCCUAAUUCUUCUAUCAUGUGGAUGAACUAUAUGUCUUUCCAAUUGCAAUUGAGUGAAGUCGACAAAGCUCGUGAAAUUGGUGAAAGAGCUUUGAAAACCAUCAAUUACCGUGAAGAACAAGAGAAGAUGAAUAUCUGGAUUGCAUUACUAAACUUGGAAAACACCUUCGGUACUGAGGAAUCUUUAGAAGAAAUCUUCAAACGUGCUACUCAAUACAUGGACUCUUUAGUUAUGCAUCAAAAGUUAGUUGGAAUUUACACAAUGUCUGAAAAUUUUGAAAAAGCCAAUGAUUUAUACGCUACUAUGACCAAGAAAUUCAAUAAGGUUGUUUCUGUUUGGGUCCAAUAUGGCUCUUACUUAUUAGAUCGUGAUAUGAAUGAAGAAGCACAUGAAGCCUUGGCUCGUGCAUUACAAGUUUUACCUAAGAGAGACCACAUUGAGGUCGUUAGGAAAUUUGCACAAUUAGAAUUUACCAAGGGUAGCCCAGAACAAGGAAGAUCAUUAUUCGAAGGUUUGGUUUCUGAUGCUUCUAAAAGAAUUGAUUUAUGGAAUGUUUAUAUCGAUCAAGAAAUCAAACAAGGAGAUAGAUCUAAAGUUGAAGGUCUCUUUGAAAGAGUUAUCACCAAAAAAUUAUCACGUAAACAGGCAAAAUUCUUUUUCAGUAAGUGGCUCUCAUUUGAGGAAGAGAAUGGAGACGAACAAAGUGCAGCUCGUGUUAAGGCCCUUGCGGUUGAAUAUGUUCAAAACAAUGAAAAAGAUUAG